AUGUUGGACGUAGUUGUAUUCUGGUCACAAUGGGCGGUAAAAAUAUUAUGCUUGAUUGUGGUUUACAUAUGGGAUUUUUUGAUGAAGUAUUUAUUUAUUGCUAUUUCUAAGGAAGAUUUUCGUAAAGUAACAACAGAUAAAACAACAAACGAAGGACCAUAUACAACCGAAGAUAUUAAAAAUUGCAUGAAAAAAGUGACACCUGUCAGUCUUGGACAAACAGUUAAAGUUGAUAAUGAUUUUGAAAUAAAAGCCUAUUAUGCUGGACACGUGUUGGGUGCAGCAAUGUUUCAUAUCAGAGUUGGACAACAGACACUUGUUUAUACAUUUAGUCUUGUAUUUAAAUUUCAGGGUGAUUUUAACACAACAGCUGAUCGCCAUUUGGGUUCUGCUCACAUUGAUCGAUGUCGUCCAGAUAUUCUCAUUACAGAGUCUACAUAUGGUAGCACAGUACGGGAUUCACGACGUGCAAGAGAACGAGAUUUUAUGUCAAAAGUGGUUGAAUGUGUUCGUGGUGGUGGCAAAGUAUUGGUACCUGUUUUUGCCGUUGGAAGAGCGCAGGAACUGUGUAUUUUAUUAGAAACAUAUUUAGAACGAAUGAAUUUAAAUGUACCUAUUUUUUUUGCAUCCGGUCUCAGUGAAAAAGUUAAUACUUAUUAUCAAUUAUUUGUAUCCUGGACAAAUGAAAAAAUUCAAAAUACAUUUCAUGAAAAGAAUGUUUUCGAUUUUAAACAUAUUAAACCUUGGGAUCGUUCUUAUGUUGAUCGUCCGGGCUCAAUGAUUGUAUUUGCUUCACCGGGAAUGUUACAUGCUGGAUAUUCUUUACAUUUAUUUAAAAAAUGGGCACCUGAUGAAAAAAAUAUGAUCAUAAUUCCUGGUUAUUGUGUGGCAAAUACAGUUGGAUCAAAAUUAUUAUUAGGUCAAAAGAGAUUUUUAUUUGAUGGGAAAGAAAUAGAAGCCAAAUUAUCUGUUCAUUACAUGUCGUUCAGUGCUCAUGCUGAUGCUAAAGGUAUAACUCAACUAAUUCGUCAAUGUCAACCACGAAAUGUCGUUCUGGUACAUGGAGAAGAAGGUGUCAUGGAAUUUCUUAAAGGAAGAAUACAAGAAGAACUGAAAGAUACAUGUGGUCUUAGUCGUGCUGAAAAACGUUCCAAACAGAUGCAAGGUGUACUUGUGAUAAAAGAUGGACGUUUGCGUUUAUUACGUUCAAAAGAUGCCAUUAGUGAAUUGAACUUAAAGGAACAUGUAGUUGAAUUUCAUUCCAAGUUUAUUUUGAAACAAUCCACACAAUCUAAAUUAAUUGUUAAUGUAGCAGAUUUAUUACAAAUGAAAAUGCCUUCUAAUGUGAUAACAAUUUUAUCUGAAUCUGAGAUAAAUAUCGAUAAUUCAAAAGUAAUAGUUAAAGUUCGAGAUGACCAUGAAAAUGACAAUGAAAUUACGAUCUCUUGGUUACUAAAGAAUGAAAUUCUUGGCCAUAGUGUUACAACACAUUUAAAAUCUUAUGUUGAUCAGCAAACAUCACUAGCCUCAUCUUCACUUAUGAGUGAUAGUGCCGCUAGUCCAGAUCCAGCUUAA